CCCAGAAAACAUCUCUGGAUUGUUGGAUUUUGGGUUUUCUUUCAGUUUAAGCAAGAAAGCAUAUCACACACACACACACACACACAUCCAGGGAAUUAUUAUUGUUACACUAUGAACUUUUUUUCCCAGCAGCCUGUGGGAAAAUAAUUUUAACUUUUUUUUUUAAUGGAAUGAUGGCCUUUAUUUUGGCAGGCACUUCUGGAAUGGAGUUCAAACUGGACAAGUCUUGGUAACUUUCUUGUGGUGAUCGAUGAGACAUGAGAUCUUCAACCUCCAGGCUCUCCAGCUUUUCCUCAAGGGAUUCAUUAUGGAAUCGGAUCAUGCCGGACCAGAUCACUGUGUCGGAGUUUAUUGCUGAGACCACGGAGGAUUAUAACUCUCCAACCACAUCCAGCUUUACCACCCGGCUACAGAACUGCAGGAAUACAGUCACGCUGCUAGAAGAAGCAUUGGAUCAGGACAGAACUGCACUACAAAAAGUCAAAAAAUCUGUAAAAGCAAUAUAUAAUUCUGGUCAAGAACACGUCCAAAAUGAAGAAAACUAUGCUCAAGUACUAGAUAAAUUUGGAAGUAAUUUCUUAAGUAGAGAUAAUCCAGAUCUUGGUACUGCUUUUGUAAAAUUUUCCACUCUGACUAAGGAAUUGUCAACACUGCUGAAAAAUUUGCUCCAAGGCUUGAGUCACAAUGUCAUCUUCACAUUAGACUCCCUUUUAAAAGGAGAUUUGAAAGGAGUCAAAGGGGAUCUUAAAAAGCCUUUUGACAAAGCCUGGAAGGAUUAUGAGACCAAAUUCACUAAAAUUGAAAAGGAGAAAAGGGAACAUGCAAAACAACAUGGGAUGAUACGGACAGAGAUUACUGGAGCUGAGAUAGCAGAAGAAAUGGAGAAAGAAAGACGACUAUUUCAGCUGCAGAUGUGUGAAUAUCUCAUUAAGGUUAAUGAAAUAAAAACAAAAAAAGGUGUGGACCUUCUACAAAAUCUUAUUAAGUAUUAUCACGCACAGUGCAAUUUCUUCCAAGAUGGCUUGAAGACAGCUGAUAAACUAAAACAGUAUAUUGAAAAACUGGCUGCUGAUUUAUAUAAUAUAAAGCAGACCCAAGAUGAAGAAAAGAAACAGCUCACUGCACUUAGAGACUUGAUAAAGUCCUCAUUACAGCUUGACCAGAAAGAGUCUAGGAGAGAUUCCCAGAGCAGGCAAGGAGGAUACAGUAUGCACCAGCUUCAGGGAAAUAAGGAAUAUGGUAGUGAGAAGAAGGGCUAUCUUUUAAAGAAAAGUGAUGGGCUACGGAAAGUUUGGCAAAGAAGAAAAUGCACUGUUAAGAAUGGUAUUCUGACCAUAUCCCAUGCAACUUCAAACAGGCAACCUGCUAAGUUGAAUUUAUUAACCUGCCAGGUGAAACCAAAUGCUGAAGACAAGAAAUCUUUUGACUUAAUAUCACAUAACAGAACAUACCACUUUCAGGCAGAGGAUGAACAAGACUACAUAGCAUGGAUAUCAGUACUGACCAACAGCAAAGAAGAAGCUUUAAAUAUGGCAUUCCGUGGAGAACAGAGCACAGGAGAAAAUAGUUUAGAGGAUCUCACAAAAGCCAUUAUUGAUGAGAUACAGAGAUUACCUGGAAAUGAUGUAUGCUGUGAUUGUGGGUCACCAGAUCCAACAUGGCUUUCAACUAACUUGGGUAUUUUAACCUGUAUAGAGUGUUCUGGAAUACAUAGAGAAAUGGGUGUUCAUAUUUCUCGAAUCCAGUCGUUAGAACUAGACAAAUUAGGAACAUCUGAACUCUUGCUGGCCAAGAACAUAGGAAACAAUAGUUUUAAUGAAAUUAUGGAGGGUAACUUACCAAGUCCUUCUCCAAAACCCACCCCAUCAAGUGAUAUGACUGCACGUAAAGAAUUUAUUACUGCUAAAUAUGUAGAUCACAAGUUUUCCAGAAAGUCUUGUGCAUCUGCAUCAGCUAAACUAAAUGAACUACUUGAGGCUGUUAAAUCCAGGGAUUUACUUGCACUAAUUCAAGUCUAUGCAGAAGGGGUUGAGCUAAUGGAGCCAUUGCUGGAGCCUGGACAGGAGCCAGGGGAAACAGCUCUUCAUUUGGCAGUCCGGACUGCUGACCAAACCUCACUCCAUCUGGUUGACUUCCUUGUACAAAACUGUGGAAACCUGGAUAAACAGACAGCAUUGGGGAAUACAGUUCUGCACUACUGCAGUAUAUAUAAUAAGCCUGAAUGUUUGAAAUUGCUUUUGAAGGGCAAGCCAGCAAUAGAUAUAGUAAACCAUACUGGAGAGACAGCUCUGGACACAGCAAAAAGACUGAAAGCUAUUCAGUGUGAAGAUUUGCUUUCUCAGGCCAAAGCAGGAAAAUUAAAUCCACAUGUACAUGUAGAGUAUGAGUGGAAUCUUCGACAAGAAGAAAUGGAUGAAAGUGAUGAUGACUUGGAUGACAAGCCUAGUCCAAUAAAGAAAGAGCGUACUCCAAGACCUCAGAGCUUUUGUCAUUCUUCCAGUAUUUCUCCUCAAGACAAAAUGGCUCUGCCUGGUCUUAGCACUCCAAGGGACAAACAGAGACUUUCCUAUGGAGCCUUUCCCAAUCAGAUUUUUGUCUCUGCAAGUGUAGACUCUGCAACUUCUCCAACAGCAGCAGAUGCCCCUCCACUUCCUCCUAGAAAUGCUGGCAAAGGUCCAUCUGGCCCUCCUUCAACCCUCCCUUUAAGCACUCAAACCACUAGUGGCAGCUCCACUCUAUCUAAGAAGAGGCCCCCUCCCCCACCCCCUGGACACAAAAGAACCCUCUCUGACCCACCAAGCCCACUACCUCAUGGACCCCAGAAUAAGGGCCAAAUUCCUUGGGGUAAUGACUUGGGUCCACCAGCUACAAAGACUGCAAACAAGUUUGAGGGGAUGUCUCAACAAUCAGGCACCGGAACUGCUAAAACUGCACUGGGCCCAAGAGUUCUUCCAAAACUACCUCAAAAAGUGGCACUAAGAAAAAUAGAAACCAUUCAUCUCCCUUCAGUAGAUAAAUCCAGUCAACAUUCUGAAAUCUUUCAGAAAUCGUCUUCACUUUCUAUUGAUCUGCCACAGAAACCACAGCCUGGGGAUUUACCCCCAAAGCCUCAGCCUCUGGAACUAUCCCAGAAACCUCAGAUUGGAGAUUUACCCCCAAAGCCAGGAGAAUUACCCCCAAAGCCUCAAUUAGGAGAUCUGCCACCAAAACCACAACUUGCGGACUUACCUCCAAAACCACAAAUGAAGGACCUUCCCCCAAAGCCUCAGCUGGGAGAUUCUUUGGUUAAAACACCAGGUGGAGAAGUAUCAUCAAAGUCUCAGUCCUCAGAGGCAAAUCAAAAAUCUCACUCCGUGGAUCUUUCCCCAAAGGUUCAUUCUAAAGAGACCAUCCAAAAACAAUCAUCUGAAGAUUCCAAUGAUGUCACGCAUGCACUGCCAGAGACCCCAGUGCCACUUCCUAGAAAAAUAAACAUGGGCAAGAACAAAAUCAGAAGAGUGAAGACAAUCUAUGAUUGCCAGGCAGAUAAUGACGAUGAGCUUACAUUUGUUGAAGGUGAAGUUAUUAUUGUAACAGGUGAAGAGGACCAAGAGUGGUGGAUUGGCCACAUUGAAGGAAAGCCAGAGAGGAAAGGGGUUUUUCCAGUAUCCUUCGUCCACAUUUUGUCAGAUUAAGUCAGAUCAGAAACUUGAGCAUUGCACAUCUUUCCUGUAAGAGGGGCUUUUAGCGCGAGGCAAACAGCUGCUGCAUCCCUGUAAUUCUGUGCACAAUUGUGGAUGUAUAUGUAUAUAUAACGGCUGUUAACUGAACAAGAACUUGUCGCUCACCAUAUGAGGUGACUUAUACUUGCAUUGUAAAUAGAAGGUGUUACUCUGCCUUUGCCAGUAUUAUGGUAGCCUUGGGACCUGGCACGCCUUAUUGGGUUUGCUCAAGCCAUCCUUGGCAUCAAAGCACUUACAUUUGUUCGUCUGUGUGUAUGAACUACCAGCUCUCUAAAUAUGGUUGGUCUCAUUCAGUCCUGUUUAACUGUACAGAAGUUACCAUUCCUAAUAAAUCAGUAUUCUUAAAAUAGACAACUAGUGGAAAAUUAGAUUCAGUUUUCAAAACAAACUGCUUUGGCUCAUUUACAGCCAGUUUACAGCUACAAAUGUACACAAUUUACAGCUUGUGAAAUCCACUUCCUUGGUAUUUGUUCAGAAACAGUGUUCAAUGUACACAUCAAAUGAAAGAAAUAUUCACUGAUGCUACAGAUAACUAGUAGUAGUUUAUGGUGUGUGAACAGCAUUUCAUGUUCGUAUUACGUAUUAGCAGCUUUUCCCAGUGAUAUUUCCCUCACUUCAGACCAUCUAAAAGUCUUCAAUAAAAUCGUAUCUGAUGAAUGAACGCAUAUGGGACUUUUGACUGGAGGUUUCCUUUCACUGAAACAGGUUCUCGUAUAAAAAAUAGUCAGUUCCCAUCUGCAUGCAUUCAGAUCCUGCCUUAGAAACUCUAAUUAUGCAGAUAAGCUAAGAACAGCUAUCAGCCCUUUGAAAGUUUUUAAACCAUGCAAACUUCUGAUUGAUCCAUUUACCAUCAGUAUUUGUUUGCUAACUAAUUGAAUUAUCUAGAAAAUAACUGCACUGUUGAGGAUCUGAAUGUCCAGUCCACUGGAGGCAAUUAAGUCAGUGUUAUUUUGUAUUUGUAUUUUAAGAAUUAAAAACUGUUAAAAUGGUUAUGGAAAUAAGUGAAAAAUAAUCUUUUCCUGCAGUUUCUCAGCUGCUAAUUAGUGAAACCAGACAGCAAUAUCUAGAAUUACAUUUGCUUUUAUUGAACAUUAAUUAUAGCUCAUGCUGGAAUUCUGAAAAUCCACCAACAGUCACAGAACAACGAAGUUAAUACCUUACGAAGGGUGUGUUUUAACUGGUGGUUAAAACACCACUGCAUUCAUUCUUAGUUCUAAUGAGUUAAUUUCCAUUUGUGAUAUGCUAUUUUAUUACUGAACAUUCUCACGAUUAUACAAAAACUGGAAUGUUCUUGAUCUGCUGAUGAUCAAGUGAAUCUUCACUCUGUGACCCCAUGUGCUUUGUAGGUUUUUCCGCCAAUAAUGGCCUCAAGAGGUUGCUUGGGCAAUAACACAAGUUUCUUUUCACUUGUGACUCCAUGUCAAAACAUUGCAUUUCACAAAAGCACAGGUUCAUUUGAAUCACUCUGGAUGUUUUACAACCCUGUACUCAGUGAAUAUUUAUUUUUAUUUAAAUGGCUAACAUACAAAACAUAGAGAAAUCUUGCAUGAAGAAAAGCAAAGUAUUUAUCAGCUAUUAUUGGAAAGUGGUUUUUAAACAAUUGCUUCAUCUGUCUCAUGAUACGUUUUGUUUAAAAUACAAGCAUACAAAGGAGUGAGAUUAGCUCUGCUGUAUUGACCAAUUACAGUGUUUUCAGACUCAUGCUAUUUAUAUGAAACCUAGGACAAGAAUCACUUGGCAUUCCACACUGGUCAUCAGUGCAAUGCUCUUCAGAUGCGUUAAAGAACAAAACUGAUCUUUUUGUCGGGUAUAUUUUGCAAUUAUCUCAAAAUCCAAAACUGGUUUGAAAAAGGAAAAGCAAACUGUUUAAAGAAGAUCCAGAUGUGUAAAAUGAUGUAGAGUCAAAUGUCUAUUAUUUUGUAUGCAUUUUGAAGUAGUAUAAUAUGAUUUUUUAAAAAAAAUAAAAUGAGUUCCAUCAGGAACAAGAGUUGACUAUUCUGGAUGAUUUGAGAGUCCAUAGGAGAACUGAAUUACAAUGUAUGAUCUUACAGGCUGAGUUUAAGUACAGUUUUGUUGUUAAACUCAGAGCCACUAUUCUGCAAUUUUGUACAUGACAUAUUGGGAAGUCUGCUUAGUUUGGGGAUUCCCCCCAGAAGAGGAAAUCACGUUCUGCGAGCGACGUUAUUUUACUGUUGAACAACAAUUGCUAUUUAUUUUUUUAUGGCACAGAGCAUCAACAUGUGUAGAAAGCAGAUCUGGUAGUGCCACUAGUUGGAAACUGAAGUCGUAUUUGAAUGUUAGAAUCAUCAUACAUCAGCACACUCGUCUCAUCAUGUGUUUAAUGUGACACUUUGAGUACUGUAUGUGUUAAUUUCUACUUUUUUAAUAUUUAAAAUUGCUUUUAAAUAAAUGUAUUCAGUUGAUCCCAGA